ACUUAAUCGGUGACAUCCUCCCCAGAGGACAAUUAAUAUAUUGUCCAUUGAUCAUGGAGUAGAUGCACGGACAAGGAUACAUAACCGGGGCAGAUUAAAUGAUGUCUCAAAAACAAGUUCACACUGGACGGAGGCUGCAUCAUAAGGUGCUAAUAGCAGCAUUUUUUGUUUUUACCCAAGAUAUGAGCGGCGCUCGGGCAUGGACCUACAACUACAGCACUACUCCAAACCGGAGGUGGAUUCAGGCCAGUCAGUGGUGUCGGCAGCACUUCAUGGACAUGGUCACCAUCCAGAGCCGGGAGGAGACUGACUUCAUCAACAAUCUGCUGCCUUUUAAUUCAAAAUAUUACUGGAUAGGCAUUCAUAAAGUGGAUGGAGUGUGGACCAGGGAGGGAAGCAAUGAGAAAGUGCCAGCAGAUGAUCAGAACUGGGCUCCAGAGGAGCCUGAUAACAUAGCAGGACAGGACUGUGUGGAGAUGUAUAUCAAGAGGGCGAGUGACACAGCAAUGUGGAACAAUGAAAAAUGUCACAGUAAGAAAGGAACAGUCUGCUACUCGGCCUCUUGUAAACAGGAUUCCUGCAGUGUCCAUGCAGACUGUGUGGAGACCGUAGGGAACUAUACCUGCAGGUGCCAUCCUGGUUUCCUUGGACCACGCUGCGAAGAGGCCAUCUCAUGCAAACCACUGCUGGAUCCAGAACAUGGUUUUCACAACUGCUUCCACUCCUAUGGUUCUCAUCAUUUCAACUCUUCCUGCCAUUUCCGCUGUGAACUUGGGUUUCACUUAGUGGGAGCGUCCAAAAUGUUGUGCCAAACCACUGGACUCUGGGACCACCGUGCGCCUCUGUGUCAACCUGAACAGUGUCCAGUUCUGAACCACACCGACAGCAUUGGAGGAAGUGUGAACUGCAGCCACCCCGUCGCACCUUACAGCUACAACUCCACCUGUGAGAUCAGGUGUGAUGAGGGCUAUGAGCUCAGUGGACAGGGCUGGACACGCUGUGACCACACUGGCCAGUGGACAGCCAGUGCCCCAGCAUGUACAAUAAAGAAGUGCAACCCCAUUUUCUUUCCUGUGAACGGCAACGUGACAUGUGUGCACACUCUGGAGCCUUACUCAUUUGGCACACAGUGUAACUUCACCUGCCAGGAGGGCUACUACAUGUCUGGAGACAACACACUCACCUGUCUGGCUUCAGGGGAAUGGAGCAAACCUACACCCACAUGUACAGUGGUAAAGUGUGGCAGUCUAGUGGCUCCACCUAAUGCUGCCUCAGUGCAAUGCCAAGGCCCUUUAGGAGAGUACAGCUAUGGCUCAACAUGCAUUGUACAAUGUGAAGAGGGAUUUGAUCUGAUUGGCACAAAUGUGACACAAUGUUUUUCACACGGAAACUGGAGUCACACACUUCCGCUCUGCCAGGCCAAGAGGUGUGAACCCAGGAGUCCUCCUUCUCACGGCUCCAUUUCCUGUUCUGACCCCAAUGGUUCCUUCAGUUUCGGUUCUCAGUGCACGUCAAGAUGUGAUGAAGGUUUUGUCCUGAAUGGGACAGCGAGCACUAAGUGCACCUCCCUGGGAACAUGGAGCGCAGGCUACCCACAAUGCUUGGCUAAAAGUUGCCUCUCUCUGAACUCUCCUGUAUAUGGCUCCUUGAAAUGCUCGGAUCCACAUGGAGAGUUCAGUUUUGGUUCUCGGUGCACAUCGACCUGUGGUGAUGGUUUUCUCCUGAAUGGCAAUGCUUCCACAGAGUGCACCUCUCUGGGCACGUGGAGCUCAGACAUCCCACUUUGCAUGGCUAAGAGAUGUCCCAGUCUCAGUCCUCCCCCUCAUGGCUCCUGUCUCUGCUCUGGUCCACAUGGAGAGUUCAGUUUUGGUUCUCAGUGCACCUCAAACUGUGAGGAGGGAUUUGUCCUGAAUGGGACGGCUGUUACUGAAUGCACUUAUCUAGGCACAUGGAACAGAGACUUCCCACGCUGCCUGGCUAAGAAAUGUCCUGCUCUCGUUUCUCCCUCUCAUGGCUCCCUUCUCUGUGUGAAUCCUCAUGGAGAGUUCAGUUUUGGUUCUCAGUGCACAUCAACCUGUGUGGACGGAUUUCUCCUGAGUGGGUCGGCAAACACUGAGUGCACCUCUCGGGGCUCAUGGAGCAGAGAAACAGCCAACUGUCAGGCAGGCCCAUGCCCCCUACUGGCCAAAGCUCCACAGCAUGGGAGGAUGAACUGCAGCCAUCCAUAUUCUCCUUUCAGCUAUGAGUCCCACUGUGACUUUGAAUGUAAUGAGGGUUUCUGGCUGAAAGGAACACCAACUAUAACAUGUAAUAACUCGGGCCACUGGAGUCAUGCGCCACCAACCUGCCAGCCGGUGCAGUGUGAGGCCAUCCAUGGUCUCUCUUUAUCUCUGUCUGUGAACUGCACUCAUCCUCUGGGGAAUUUCAGCUUUGGCUCCCAGUGUAUUUUUACCUGUGAUGAUGGAUUUUCUAUGAAUGGCAGCGAGGUGCUGCUUUGCUCUUCUGCUGGGUUUUGGAAUGACUCUUUGCCCGACUGCACAGAAAAUAUGCUGCUUGCAUCCCCCAUGGUGAUGUCCAGUGAAUUCAUGGCAGCUUAUACUGUAAUACCACUUAUCCUGAUUGGUCUGGCAGUGUUCCUUCUUAUGCGAUUCAAGAAACAAGGAACAGCAAUCAUGCCCGAGGCACUAUUGGAAGAACGAGAAAAUCCAGCCUUUGAGUUCUGAUUAUUUCUUGAUACAUGCAGCAAAUUGUUUCAAACACUGUCUUUUAAUGCAUGCUCAUGACUGCUGGAUUAGAGCUUUUGUGAACAUUAAAUACAUUUUCCACUCAGACAGGCUUUGCACAUUUAAAUGAUCAUGCAGUUAGGGUGACAUUUUGUUUUUUUUUAAAAGCUCAAAUCUUACAUGUCAAACAUAAAGCAAACUGGCUAUGCAUUUUGCUUGUACAUCACUUAUAAACAAUAAGUUAAUGAGUUAAUAAAUUAGAACCAUCAUUUGUUUGCUUUCGUUUGUUUGAUUUAUUUUGAUGAAAUUGUCAGAUAUGUGUGGUAUGGAAAUUAAAAAGCUUUGGUGAUGA